AUGAAAUUCACCCGUGUAACAGUUAAUAGUUCGCGCGAAAAUGCCCUUUUUCAAGAAAAGUGUAGUAUAAAACGUUGGCGCAGCCGAAAACCCUUCCAUCGAAUCCACUUGAACUAUCAGAUUAUCGUUUCACAUACUGGCUAUUUUAAAUAUUGUCUCUUCUCCUUGAGCGAGGUACCGUCAUCUCAUUUACAGUGUAACAUUACUUUUCAAACUGUCAAAACGGUCUAUUGUCGAAAUGGUGUAACAUUUUAUGACUAUUAUCAAGGAACCGACGAGUUCAUAUUCCCUGAACAAAACACACUCAGACCUGUGGGCUUUAUGAGUUUUGCAUUGGUUGGGUGUUUGAUAUUUUGCUCUUUUUUGAGUCUCAAUUAG